AUGUCAGCAAAUGAAGGGAAAUCGUUUCUUAUGGAUCGUUACUUAGAUGAACUUAAACGACUGGAAGAGAAGAAGAGUAAAGAUUCUGUGAAUGAGGUUCAGGUUCUGAAGGAGCAGUUGAGGGUCCUGAGUGCAGAGAUGAUCAGUUUAAGACAGGCCCUUGGAUUUCAUCAAAGACCUGGAUCACACCCAAGACAUGCCAUCAACAACCAAGAUUCUGGUUACAGUGACAACCUUGCAGAAAGCCUCUCCGCUUCCUCGUCCAUCUCGUCUGCCUCUUCAACGACGUCAUCGACCACGCCCAACAGCUCCUCGUACUCCGUAUCGUGCCCCUGCUUCCCAAACCAGCGCAGGCCCCCUCCCAUGACCUCUGACCUCUAUGGGCGUCUGAAUGACCUGGUCAAGAUGCCAAAACCUGUUACUGAAGAGAGUGUUUGCAAGGCCCUACAACAGAGGUGGAUGUGUGGAGAAUGUCAGACCAAGAUAGGACCAGUGAUCGUAGCACUGAACCCUCAACGAGGUCUGUCUGAAGACCAGGUCCUGGGACACACCCAGCCCCAUCAGCAUCCCCAUCUUCAGAGGCUAGCUCAACGGGUCCACACACAGCUUGUAGAACAACGCAGACCUCAGACUGUCAUUCUAAGUGGUGAGAGCGGGAGCGGGAAGACCUACACAUCCCAGCUGUUUCUACGGCAACUGCACAGCCUCUGCAAGAAGAGGCCGACGACAGUAGGGGGAGGAGGAGGAGGCGGGCCAUCAGAUCAGACGGAAAACAAACAAUUUCAGAAUUUGACGCAUGCUUUCCACGUCCUCAGAGCCGUUGGAUGCGCUAAGACAAGACACAACUCAUGUGCUAGCAGACUGGGUCAUCAUGUCGAAGUUCACUUUGCUGGAAAUACCAUAACAAGAACCAAGUUUGAAUGUCACUGGUUUGAUCAAAGUAGAGUAGUAGAUACCCCGGCCGGUGAAUCGAACUUUCAUAUCUUCUAUCAGAUGCUAGCAGGGCUCUCCCACGAAGAAAGAGCUAAACUUCAUCUCCAUGGCUACGGAGUCCAUAAUCUUGCCUACUUGAAACAAAGGAAAAGCUCAGAGGAUGUUGGAAUAGAGAAAGAGAGAUUCCACUCUUUGAAGAUUGCCCUUUCAACUCUCGGGAUUGAAUUCCUUGACGUGAUGAGAAUACUCUCAGCCAUCUUGCUCCUUGGUAACGUCAAUUUUGUAGAAGAUGGAGGUUAUGAGCUUGAUAUUAAAGGUAGCAGUGAAAUUAAAGCAGUGGCCUCUCUACUUGGAGUCCCCGGAGUGUCGUUGUACCGGGCGCUGACGACAAAAACCCAUACCAUCAAAGGACAAGCUGUCAAAACAUUGUGCAAUGCUGAACAGGCCAACGAAACAAGAGACACACUUGCAAAGGCUCUAUACUGUCGGGUGGUCUUAUCGAUCACAAAGAGAAUCAACAGUGUCUUCAAACCCAACUCAAAAUGUCCUCCCUAUGUAGCGCCCUCUGUCAGUAGUGAGGAUACGCAGAGUAGUGGAGACUCUUGCAGUAGACUGAGUGAUUCUACGAUGGAAUUGAAUGGCAAUUUAUCAUCAAUAGAUGGCAGCACACAUCUUCAGGGUACAGUACACAUCAUUGAUAUACCAGGUUUCUCCAAUACACAGUGCAAUAGAAUAGAGGACCUGUGCUGCAACUAUUCAUCCGAGGUGCUACACCAGGUCUACCUCCAACAAACCUUCAAGAUAUCCCAGGAUGCAUGUAGAGAAGAUGGUGUCGCCAUGAAUCCAGUACCAUUCCAAGACAACAUUUCUUGUGUAGAUUUCUUUGCUUCAAAGCAUGGUCUAUUUCCAACUAUUGAUACAAUGUGCAACCAACCUGAGCAUCCGACACCGGAUGAACUUAUCAGCCGAACUAACAAGAAACAUCACAGAAAUGGUGUAUUUUCGGUAGAACGUGAGAACAAGCACCUGUUCACGAUCAGACACACCUCUGGUGAAGUGAGGUACAGUGCCACAGACCUGUUAAAGAGAAGCAGGGAUGUGAUCAGUGAUGAUGUGCUCACCAUCUUCAGGAGGAAAGGAUGUAACUUUGGUUUCGCUUCCUAUCUCUUUGCUCCGGAGCUCAAACUAUUACAAGGUAAUGCAGUGAAGGGUCUCCUGUUCCGCAUCUGUCCCAGACCUCAGAUAUCUUUGGAGUCUCGUACUCUACCUGACCCAAGCAUCGGGAGUAUUCCAAUCGACACCCACCAUCGUCUCACCGAGCUGUUAGACUCUUUCACCAGACAGCAAGCACAAUUUCAUUUCAUUCACUGUAUCAAGAUCAAUGAUCAAGAAUCCAGUAGCCAGUUCUCCUACGCAGUAGUAGCAAGGCAAACAAGAGCAUUUCAGCUGAUGACCACAUUACAGCAUAUGACCGAUGGUUAUCCGUACUGUGACACGAUUCUUAACUUUGCAAGGAGAUACCAGAUGAUGCUUGAGAGAUGGCAGAGGAAGAAAACUCCAAGAGAUCAAUGCAAAGUGAUAUUAGAGCAGAUCAUGAGAAGAUGUGAACUCAUUGAAUCAGUGAACACACAGAACAAAUGGAUCAUCAGUGAAAACAGGGUCUUCUUCAGUGAAGAGACAAGACAAGGUCUGGAGUCUGUCCGUGACGGGCACCGGGACACGGCAGCGCGCUUCCUCCAAUCCAAGGUCCGAUGCUGGCUAGCGAGGCGCCAUUGGCCGUCGGACAUCAUUGAUCCGUAUGAGGAAUGCACGGAUCAUCAUGUAACACGGAUCUCGUUCAGGGAGCCCCUCUAUGAAAGGAUCAACUACUCAGUGAGUGACAGCAGCAGCGUGAUAUCAGAUGACACCAGUAGUAGUAGUAUUGAGUGCAAGAAAGCCAGAUUACAGAACAGGGUUUAUCAUACUGCAAAAGAGGAUGUGCCUCCUCCGUUACCUAGUAACCAUCCGUCAUCAGUGAAGAUCGAUGUUACCAAAGGGUUUCCGCAGACACGCAUCAUGAGAUGCAAUUAUUCACCAGAUAUCUCAUGUGUGGAGCCAUUGUUGAGAGUGGGUGAGCCCAUUCUAGUCGUAGGGGUGAACAACACCAAGACCAUUCUGAUUGUCGAACACAAUAAUUGCACGCUACAGGUCCCUCUCAAACUCACUAUGUCACAGACUGGUGAUUGUAUCCUGGGAACAAGACUAUGAGAUAUUAUACAAGAAAGAUCUCCAACGCACUUGGAGGGAUUAAAGUAUAACGUGGAUAGUUCUAAGAAUGAUCUACAUGUGUGAUUAUACUGUGCAACCAGACAAAUCUGCGAAACUUCCUGAUACAGUACUGUUUCAGUGGCCCAAACAUGGAGUAGAGUGUGUGUCAAGCGCUUUGUAACCAAUAGGAAAAGGUGCUAUAUCAUAUGGCCAUUGGAUUGGAUUGGAUUGUAUCGAGAUAUCCAGAAUGCACAAUGAAAUGAAUGCAAAUGGACUUUGCAGUAGAUAAGGUCUGUUGAAAACAAGCUAGGACCUUUACCAACAGUCAGAGCCACAGCUGUGCGCAAGAAUCCUGCAGCUGUUAAUGACCAAUCCUCCAAUUUGGUAACAAAUCAAUACACAUGGGCUGCACUAAUCUUAUAUAGUGCUGUAUAUCAAUGUGUAAUAUUAUUUAGCAAUCUAUCACGGGCAUAAAAGAUAUGCCACACUAUUCAAUUGGGGGAUUCACAAUAUGGUGCGCCAUCUAUCGGUUGCAGCGAAGAGGCCAAUUGUCUAACUUUGUGGUCGACAUUGCGCGAAGACGCAGGCAGUGCACAUUGCUAGUGUACCGUAAUGUGACCGUGAUGCUUCGAAAAUGAAAACCAUACGGCAGGAAUUCACCAAAAACAGUCUAAAUUUCGGACAGAAAUAUGCGGGCAAAUUUCUAUGUCAACUCCUGCACCCUAGUAAACAGCAAAGAUAUUUGGUUGAGCCGCGUCGACAAGCACUAAAUAAUCAUAUGCACUUUGGUACUUGCGCGUGCAACGAAUGCCAACUUUUUCCCAUGAGGCAUUGCGAAUUAUGGCCUUUCCUCAGCUGCAUCCGAUAGAUGUGAAUCCACCAAAUUAGUAGGGGAUAAGACACAAUAACUCAUCCCCCAAGAAGCGUGCUUUAUAUAAGGGGUGGACGGAUAUAUAUUGAAUAAUUUCCAAUGUAUUUUGACUCAGUAACAUUUCUUUUGUUAUUCAAAUAUAUUUAUCAUUAUUUCCUAUUCAUUACAACUGCAUAGCCAUACACAUAGUACUAUGUUUAAUUUUGAUAUUAUUUACAAAAUGUAGACAAAGUCCACAUGAUGCGGAAUGCUUGUAUGUAUAUUUGUUAUUUGAUUCGAAAAGCAUUGCCUUGCGAUUAUGAUGUUCUAUCAAUUAAGUAGUGAAUAAAAAAAAGCAAUGUCCCAUUUUAUCUUGUGUACAAUGGAUUUUAUUAUAUUGUUUUAAUAGAAACCUAGCUAUAUUUUGCGCUUCCUUGAUUUGUUUUUAUCUCAUAAUAGGCUUUUUAUGAAAAUGUUUAUCUCAUACCAAUGGUGCUACUAAAUUGUACAGGGAUGGAGUUAUUAUGACAUGUGAUGUUUUUCAUAUUGUGUUAAAUUUUUGUAAUAUAGAUAUUAUUUGACAGUGAUUUGGUGACAAAGUCUAAUAAAAUAACUCAAAGCUGCACCCUUAACAACAAACAGUAGCAACUGUUUGGUCUUGUAACACAAACAUUUUUAAUCAGUGUACUUUUGAAUUGCUCACAUCUGAUUGGUUAACAAGGGGUCUUAUUCAAUUUUUUUCAUGCACCAGUCAUCCUAAUCUGUCAUUAUUUCCGGUUGAUUGCUUUGUUUUUAUGUUACUGGGUUACUUUUAAGAACUUUAACCAUUAACCUUAUAAUUGGAAUAUCGAACUUCUAAAGACAGCCUUGCUAGGGCUAUGGUAGUUUAAAAAUGUGCAAGGUGUUAUGUACUACAUCUUUACUUUAACGUUACAACUCAUUUUGUUUAUCUUCUAAUUUUCCAAGUUAUGAUUUUUAGCACAUAUCACGUUAUGGGCAAUUAUUUUUGACAAAAGUUUGUUUUGAGCCCGUCUCUGUUUUUAGCUUUUAGUUAUUAUUAUCAUUAUAAAGCCUUGAAUUUCUUGCCAUUACACGCUUUGACAGGGGUUAUGUGUAGCAUAUAAUUUUUGACAGUAACCUUACCUUUCUUUUUUAUAUGCUUUUGAUAUGACGAACAUGUUUAAAACGUAUGAACAACAUAUUCAAUGCUGUUUGAUAUGUCCUCUACAUUAAUUAGGUCUAAAUUUAUAUUAUGAAUCAUUGUUAUUGAUAUAGAUGUUUGGGAUAGAUUUGUUAAUAAUAUUAACUCAUUAGAUUUGGUCCUUUUUAGAUUUUACAAGAUUUGUAUCUCAUGCUCGUUCAGCAUGAUGGUGAUGUCUGCUCUCUGUCAUCUGGUGAACAUUUCGAGAAUAGCUUGUCAGGGAUUUUCACUGGCUAAGUUGCUCUCAGCCAAUGAGAUGCAAGGAUUUUCAGUAGCCUGUAACAUCUGUUUGUGAAAAGCCCCCCAAUGGUUCAUCAGCAAUUUCAGAAAGCUUUGCUUCUCUCUUUUUUAUCUUGUCUUAUUUCUUAUAAAGUUCACAAUCUGACAUACUGAGGAUGGUCUUUGAACCUGCCGUUGAUACAAUAUUAUUAUAUUACUAAUUUAUUCAAAUUUAUUCAGAAUCACACCCGCAUGUCCAUGAUUUUGUUUUAGGGGGUGUUAGUAGGUACACAAAAACAUGCUCCCCUACCUUAGCGGGUUUUGCAUGAUUACACCCCCCCCCCUUAUGGGAGCGAAAAAAAAUCAUCAUCAAGGUG